ACGUACAGGGAUUGCGUUAGACACCCGCAUUACGUUGUUAAACUUUAUUAUUUAGGACCGUGUUGCUCAGGGGACCAACAGUUAGCUCAGCUAGCAGGAGCUCGGCGCACAGCAACCCGCUUUGUUGUCACAUAACCUGUCGCUGAAUUUCACCAGAGGGAAACAGAAGCACAGUUCUCUCUCCCCAGACGGGUCAUGGCCUCGUCCCCUCCACACAACUUCUCCUGGGUCGAACCCAAGAAGCUGGCCGGGUUGGCCAUGCCCAGGAUGCCGAGCGAAUACCGCUACCUGCUGGACAACGGAGUCAGACACCUCGUCUGUCUGUGCGAGAGGAAGCCACCGAACCACGACACCUGCCCAGAGCUCCAGCUUCACCACAUCAAGAUAGCGGACUUCACGCCUCCUUCUCCCAGUCAGAUCGAUCAGUUUCUCUCCAUCGUGGAAGGAGCCAACGCCAAAGGAGAGGGCGUGGCCGUCCACUGCAUGCACGGCCACGGCAGGACGGGCACCAUGCUGGCCUGCUACCUGGUGAAAAGCAGGGACAUGUCCGGGUCCGACGCCAUCGCAGAGAUCCGCAGGAUCCGGCCCGGCUCCAUCGAAACCCAGGAGCAAGAGAAAGCUGUGGUGCAGUUCUACCAGCGCACAAAGUAGCAUUCCUGUGACGGCGAGCGCGAAAUUAUGUCCGCACUGGAACUGGACGCACUCAGCGUUUUGAAAAUGAGAUGUAGAGUGAGGGAGUGUGUGUCAAAAGUUGUAUUAAAUUGAAAUGAAUCACUAAUUCUGAUGUUGGCGUUACUGGGGCAAACGUUUCUGGCUUUAAAGACACACACCCUGCCUUCUUUGUUGUACUGCACCUUAGAAAAGCGCUCAUUGUUUCAAAUUCUGUCACCUUUCAACCAGCAACUUGAAUAUGUUUUAGUCGGAUUUUGUUGAGUCACUUUUUGUCACGUAAAACCCUAUUAAAAUUCACAGAAAUCUGCAUGUUAUGCAACCAGAAAUUAUUAUUAUUAUUUACUUCUAUUCAGAGGGUUUUGCAUCCUGCUGACUCAAAACCACGCGAAUACUUGAAAUGAGUGGUUUCCACAUUCACAAGCAAGUUUUAUGUAUCAGGUGUGAGAAUUUACAACUCAGGGAUGAUUUUUUUUUUUAUUUCUUAGCGUUUGUGAAUGCUGAACAUGCUCUGGACCCUAAACUCACUCAUCUGACGCCGCUUUCAGUCCAUUUUCUCUGUGAUCUGCCGAAAACAUAAAAGAAUGCUAUUUUUAUCAUUUAAAAUAAAACCACCUUUUGAACGAUCCUUUAA